AUGGCUGGUGGGGUAUUCUCAGUGGAUAGUACACCAGUUACUGCUAUCAACGUCGGUGGCAAGUUAACACUCUCAAUCAUCAUUUCAUGCAUAGUUGCUGCAUCCAGUGGCCUUCUUUUUGGAUACGACCUCGGAAUUUCAGGAGGUGUUACAACGAUGGUACCAUUUCUUCAAAAAUUCUUUCCUGAUAUUCUAAGAAAGGCAGCUGCUGGAUUAGUUUCAUCACUUUCUGCUAGCAAAGUAACCGCGUUAUGCGGUCGGAGAAACACCAUCUUAUUUGGUGGUAUACUCUUCCUUGCCGGCGGUUCCUUUAACGGCAGUGCUGAAAAUAUUCCCAUGCUCAUUUUGGGUCGUGUUCUUCUUGGUUUCGGAGUUGGUUUCACUAAUCAAGCUGCACCAUUGUACCUAUCUGAAAUUGCACCUCCAAAAUGGCGAGGCACUAUAGGCACAAGCUUUCAAUUCUUCUUAGGAAUUGGUGUAGUAGCUGCAAAUUGCAUAAACUUCGGCACUGCCAAACAUACAUGGGGUUGGAGACUCUCUCUUGGACUUGCAGUGUUCCCUGCCGCCGUUAUAACGAUUGGUGCCUUCUUGAUCACCGACACACCCAACAGCUUAGUAGAACGUGGCAAGAUAGACCAAGCCAGAAAAGCCUUAAGCCAAGUUAGAGGAUCCUCCAUUGAUAUUGAGCUUGAAAUAGAAGAACUUGUUAAGUGGACAGAAAUCGCAAAAUCAGUUAAACAAGAGCCCUUUAAGACUUUAUUGAAAAGAAAGUAUAGACCUCAGUUGGUUAUGGCAUUCGCAAUCCCGUUUUUUCAACAACUUACAGGCAUCAGCGUUGUUGGUUUUUAUUCACCUAACCUCUUUCAAUCUGUGGGCUUGGGACACGAUGGUGCUUUAAUUUCUGCCAUUGUACUUGGAAUUGUAAGCUUUGCAUCCGUCCUUGUCUCUGCCAGUAUUGUUGAUCGAUUUGGUCGAAGAUUCUUGUUCAUAACUGGAGGUGUUGUGAUGUUUGUGUGUUUGAUUGCGGUGUCCAUUCUGUUGGCAGUGGUGACUGGUGUUCAUGGUACAAAGGACAUAUCAAAGGGAAACUCAAUAAUGGUAUUGGUGCUAUUGUGUUUCUACGCUGCUGGUUUUGGUUGGUCUUGGGGUCCUCUAACAUGGUUAAUUCCAAGUGAAAUUUUUCCACUAAAUAUCAGAACCACAGGACAAAGCAUAGCUGUUGGUGUGCAAUUCAUAGUAAUAUUUGUGUUAUCGCAAACAUUUUUGACAAUGCUAUGCCACUUCAAAUUUGGGGCCUUCUUGUUCUAUGCUUUUUGGGUUGUGGUGAUGACUCUAUUUAUUAUCUUCUUUUUGCCUGAGACUAAAGGAAUUCCUUUGGAGUCUAUGUACACUAUAUGGGACAAACACUGGUUUUGGUCUCGGUUUGUUAAAGCAGAAGAUGGCGAAGAAAAUCAUCCAUAA